GCGUGACCCUCAAGAAUGAUUAGAUGACUUGUGUACGUGGAAUUGUAAUUUCUCUUGAAAACUCAGUUUAAACCUUCGUCUAAUAGCCUAGAAGGCAUACGCGCAAGUUCAAUGCAUUAUCUUUGCUGAGUUGAGAAGGGCAUAGGGCACGACAAUAGAAUCAAACCACAACACGCGAAGCUUGUCACCUAGACAGACAAUACAACAGUUGUUGCGGAACUAUACUUGUACUACAUUUUUUUCCCAGAUCAGGGGAAAAUACUGGUACUGCCUUACCGAGCUUUGAUCUUUCAAAUGCCGAAGAGUCACUCUUUUAUACUAUCCUUCCAUUCCGUACGAGAACAAUAUCACUUCAGCCAUGCCCUCAGAAUCCAAGUCGAGCACAGUUUCGCAACAGCCUAGCAUAAUAAAGCCCCCUGACGGCGGCUUUAUGGCCUGGUGGCACGUCUUCUUAUGCCACAUGGUGUUUUUCAAUACCUGGGGUCUUGCCAACAGCUAUGGUGUGUUCCAGCAACACUAUACGGAGACCCUCGGACAUUCUGCAAGUGACAUUGGAUGGAUCGGAGGCAUUCAAAUGUUUUUGAUGCUCUUUGGGGGCGUCUUCUCGGGCCGUGCGUCUGAUGCCGGCUACUUUCGACACUGCUUCGUGACUGGCGUUAUCAUGCAAGUCUUCGGGAUGUGCAUGGCUUCUUUGUCUACCAGAUACUAUGAGAUUCUACUCAGCCAAGCCGUAUGUGUUGGGAUAGGUAGUGGUCUGGUAUUUACCCCUGGUCUCUCAAUCAUGGGCUCGUACUUUCAGAAGUACCGCUCUAUCGCAGUAGGCUUGUCGGCUGCCGGUGGCGCAACAGGAGGAAUGGUCUACCCAGCAACAACAAACGCACUGCUCAAUCAUUCAAGCGUUGGAUUCCCGUGGACAAUGCGCAUUCUAGCACUGAUAAUGCUGGUCACGCACAUCCCUUCCGUGGUAGGGUAUCGGCCGUAUUUACCACCGCGCUCAACAGGGCCCGUGGUUGAAUGGAGUGCAUUCCGUGAGUGGCCGUUUGUGUUCUUCACGGCUAGCAUGUUCCUCAAUUUCUGGGGUCUAUACAUGGCUUUCUAUUAUCUGGGGAUAUUUGCCCGUGAGCAAAUUCACCUCAAAGAGUCAAUUAACCUCCUUGUCGUCUUAAACGGUGUCGGGGUCAUCGGGCGGAGUUCUCCCUGUUUCAUUGGCGAGCGCUUUACAGGCAUUGUCAACAUAACCAUCUUCUGCUCCGCCAUUAGUGCUAUUUGCGUCUACUGCUGGGUGGCUAUUGGUGAUUUAACGGGGCUAUAUGCAUGGGCGGUUGUGUACGGCAUCUUUGCCGGGGCUACACAAGCCCUGCUCCCGGCGAUGGCGACUCGGCAAACGAAAGACAUUACCAAAGUCGGUACGAGGACAGGGAUGGUUUUGACGAUAGUUAGCUUCUCAUGUCUAACGGCGCCGGCUAUUCAAGGUGCGCUUAUUCAGGCCUGUGAGGGAGAUUAUAUUGGAGCGCAAGCUUUUUCUGCUAGUUCUAUCGUCUUGGGGAUGAUAUUUUUGUGGCUCUAUCGAUGGUGUCAUGUUGGACUUAAAGUCGAUGUGAAGGUCUAAGACUGGGGAUGCAUACUAUGGCGUUGUGGAUUGCAUGGUAUGCGUACGUGCAUUGGUCGUCAUUUUACAAGUGGCUUUUGACAGGCUCAGCGUGGUCCUGAAAUACAACCACUGUGCUUCAUAUGUGAUGGAAGCGAAGGCGAGGAUGGUCUGAAAUAAUCUUAUUGGAAGCUUGAUUAGGCAGCUUGUCUUAAAC